AUGGCCAUGGACUCACUCAAAUUUCUCUUCGCCCUGAUUGCGGUAGUCAAUGCGGCUUACAGCUUGGCUCCACACGCCCAGACGCGCCAUAACCCGGCCAUACCAGGAUGGCACAGCGACCCCAGUUGUAUCUUUGUCCCUGACAGAGGCAAUACCACCUUUUGCGCAUCGUCAACGUUCCUCCUAACGCCCGGAAUCCCAAUUUACGCCAGCAAAGAUCUCACAACUUGGAGACUAGCCAGCCACGCACUUUCCCGAGAAGCUCAAUACCCGGAGUUCAAUUUAUCCAUUCCCCAAACCGAUGGGAUCUGGGCUCCCACACUCAGAUAUCACAAGGGGGUGUUCUACGUUAUUGUCAUUUACAAGAAAAACAUUUCUGGAAAAAGCACCGGGCUGAUAUUUAACUCCACAAAUCCUUUCAGGGACAACGCUUGGAGUGUCCCCGUUCAGUAUCAAGCCGAGUCCAUUGAUCCAGACCUUUUCUGGGACGACGAUGGUACAUCAUAUGUUGCAACAGCUGGGACCAAUCUUCAGACAGUGGACGUUACAACUGGUGCCCUAGGGGAACCAAGGCGAAUCUGGAAUGGUAGCACUGGCAACUUUCUUGAGGGGCCCCAUCUUUACAAAAAGGAUGGCUUUUACUAUCUCCUGGCAGCAGAGGGCGGCUCGGGACUGAAUCACUCCGUUACGAUAGCACGGUCAAAGGGUCUCUGGGGCCCAUACCAAGGUUAUGAGAAGAAUCCUGUCUUGACAAACAGGAACACCUCGGAGUAUUUCCAGAACAUCGGGCAUGCGGAUCUGUUUCAAGAUGCGAAUGGCCAUUGGUGGUCUUCUGCUUUGACUUGGCGCUCUGGCCCAGAGGGGCAGACAUAUCCCAUGGGCCGGGAAAUGGCCUUGACACCUGUGGCCUGGAAGCAAGGAGACUGGCCCUCUUUUGCGCCCGUGCGUGGAAUUCAGGAAGGAUGGUAUCUUCCACCUUCAAAAGCUAUUCCUGGUGACGGACCUUUUGUAAAUGAUCCAGAUAUCGUUGAUUUUGAGCCCAACUCUACCCUCCCUCGCAAUUUUGCCUUCUGGCGUUGGCCUAACAAGAAGUCAUAUACCGUCUCGCCACCUAGUCAUCCUAGGACGCUCAGGCUGACACCAUCAAUGGCAAGCAUUACGUCUGGGUACAAGAAUUACACAGCCGGAUAUGACGGUACAGAUUUCACUCUCAUUAUGCGCCGACAGACAGAUACACUGUUUCAAUACAGUGUUGACGUUUCCUUCGCACCAACGGUAGAAAAUGAGGAAGUCGGGGUAACAGUGUUUCUCAACCAAGUCCAAAACAUCAAUCUUGGUAUCGCAAUGCUGCCCGCCAGUUCCACCAACAAAACAGACUCGACGCUGAAGCCUCACUUCCGUUUUCUGGUAUCUGGACUUGGGAGCAAUGAGAAGGAUAUACCAAGUCCUUUCGUUACAUCUGUGCCAAGUUCUUGGUCGCAAGGUCCUAUUCGCUUGAUCAUCCGUGCAGCAAAUGAAACCCAUUAUUCAUUCUUCGCUGCUUCAAGCUCUCGCCCAUGGGAUCUUUUGAGAUUAGGGCAGGCUCCUGCGACAAUUGUGAGUGGUGGAGUUGGACCGUUUACGGGCUCUUUGGUAGGGGUCUAUGCGACCACUAAUAAUGGAAAGGGAUCAACCAAGUCGUAUAUCUCCAGGUGGAGAUACUUCGGCCUUGCCCAGGAGAUUGGAAAUGGAGACCUCGUCCACUCUUAG